CCAGACAAAAUGAUUAGUGGCAAUAAUGUGAUUAUAAUGAACAUAAGGGCACACAUGUCAGAUAUCUCCAUCCCUCAAUGCCUACAUAAACCCUCCAAUCUUUCUUGUAAACUACCAAAACCUUAAAACAUAAUCAGAGUUUAAAAGUCUUAAAAAGAUGGCAAGGCAGAUUUAUACGUCAGCCUUUCUCCACUUAGCCACCAUAUUCUUCUUUUUCCGGACAAUCUCAGCUGUCCGUUUCCCUCCUGGACCAACAACAGCUAACGACCUAGAUUUCAUCCGUACGAGUUGCAACGCAACGCUCUACCCAGACGUGUGUUUCACGUCGUUAGCUGGCUACGCCUCCGCCGUACAAUAUAACCCGGCGAGGCUAGCUAGGCUUGCCAUCGGAGUUUCCAUUUCCCGCGCAAAAUACACAACGGCUUAUCUCUCAAAACUCUCACGCGCCUCAGCCUCUGCCGCCGUCCACGACUGCGUUUCAAACGUGGGAGACGCCAUGGAGAAGAUGCGUGGCUCGCUCCGGCAGCUUCGGGAGAUGAACCACCGUCGUCCCGGAGCUCCGACGUUUAGGUUCCAGAUGAGUAACGUGCAGACGUGGAUGAGUGCAGCGUUGACGGACGAGGAGACGUGUACUGAUGGGAUAACGGAGGAGAUGGAAGACGGAGAAACGAAGACCGCCGUUUGCGAGAAAGUCGCCGACGUCUAGAGGUUCACGAGUAAUGCGCUUGCUAUAGUCAACACAUACGCCAAUAGUGGAGCCUAGGCCUUGAUAUGAAGUUAUAAUACUUGUGUAUAAUAAAGUAUGAUCAGUGUGCUUAGAGUUUACUGCGUUCGAGUUUUGUGUUGCUUUAAGCAAAGUUUAAUUAUAUUCAAAACCAA